AUGAACAACUAUAACAACUUUUUCACUCUUGGCCUUGGACUGUUUAGACAACCUUGCAAGCAAAGCCAUCAAAUAAAACAUCAACAGAAAAUGAUGGAGAAGAGCUGGCUUCUGGCUUUUCUCCUCUUCCUUCAAAUAAUCCCAAGAGAGGCAGCUUUUGGUGUUAGUGGUGGCGUGGGUGUUGGGAUAGGCAAUGCAGGUGGUGGUGGAGUAUGGAUUGGCGGUGGGAUCAACAGUCCUCCUACCCCAUCAUCGGGGUCUUCUGUUUCAAAGCUGAACGGUGCUUACGCUGCUCUUCAAUCUUGGAAAUCAGCCAUCACAGAUGACCCAUUGAAGAUUUUGGAAACUUGGGGUGGUACCGAUGUGUGUACUUAUAAAGGAGUCUUUUGUGCAGAUCCACAAGAAAACGAACUAGGUCCAGCUGUUGUAGGCAUAGAUCUCAACUAUGCGAAUCUGCAGGGCACUCUUGUCAAAGAACUCUCUGUCCUCACAGACUUAUCUCUCCUUCACCUCAACAGUAACAGGUUUUCAGGCACAGUUCCUGAUACUUUCAAAGACCUCGUUUCUCUUCAAGAGUUGGACCUGAGUAACAACCAGUUUUCGGGUCCUUUCCCAACCGUUGCUUUAUACAUUCCAAAUCUCAUGUAUUUAGACCUCAGGUUCAACAGCUUUUCAGGAUCCAUACCUGAAGAUGUUUUCAACAAGAAACUUGAUGCAAUUUUCCUCAACAAUAACCAAUUUGAUAGCCAAAUUCCUCAAAAUUUGGGCAACUCUCCUGCUUCGGUGAUAAAUUUGGCCAAUAACAAGCUCAGUGGAAACAUUCCACCUAGUUUUGGGUUGAUGAGCUCCAGAGUGAAGGAGAUUUUGUUUCUAAAUAAUCAGUUGACAGGCUGCAUUCCUCAGGGAGUUGGGCUGUUUACAGAGAUGCAAGUCUUGGACGUGAGCUACAAUUCACUGAUGGGUCAUUUGCCAGACACAAUUUCAUGCUUGAAUCAGAUUGAAGUUCUGAAUUUGGCACACAACAAGCUAUCUGGACAAGUACCAGAACUGGUUUGUUCUCUGAGAAGUCUUGUGAAUCUGACAGUUGCCUACAAUUUCUUUUCUGGGUUUAGCCAAGAUUGUGCCAAGUUGUUCUUUAGAAAUGUAGGUUUUGAUUUCUCGUUGAAUUGCAUUCCUGGGAGAGACAUGCAGAGGCCUCAACCCCAGUGUAGUGUGAUACCAGGAGGAGGAUUGAGUUGUCUAAGAAUCCCUUCUGUUCAACCUCUUGUUUGUGGGUCAUUAGCGGAGACAUUGGAGGCUAAUCUGAAUCAAAGCCCAUCUUCUCCAUGA